AUGAGCACGUCACCCGCAUACAAGAAACAGAAAGUUGAAGUUGCAUUGGAGAAGCCGGAGAUAGCAACGGCAGCAACGCCGGCAAUAUCGCCAGCAACAACGCAAAUAACCCAACAGCCAAACCACCCACCAAAUAAACCCCCUAAAAAGGACAAGGCUGUAAAACAACAGGAGAAAUACACAAAGCUUCAGCGCAAAGCCAAGAAGCAGGCAGUCGCAUCCGGUGGACCUGAGGAAAAUAUAUUUCUCGAUGUCAAAGCAAUGCUUGGUGAAAGCGUGGUAGAUGAGCUCAUAAAGAGCGAUCAGUGUUUAGAUGGUGGCUUUGAAUUCGGUACGCAGCUACAGGUUGAAAUUUCCUCAAUCUCAAGCUCAGGCGAUGGAUUAGCUAUCGUACCAGAAAAUAAUUGGGUUAUUGCCGUUCCAUUCUGUCUCCCAGGAGAGAAGGUACUCGCUAGAGUAUACAGAAACUCAUUCUGUCACUCAUACGCUGAUCUUGUUAGUGUACUCGAUAAGAGGGAGAGCUGGAGAGACGAAUCGAAUAUCAGCUGCAAGUAUUUCGGCAGCUGCUCUGGAUGUCAGUAUCAAAUGAUUCCUUACCAGAGACAGCUCCUACUCAAACAACGCGUCGUUGAAAAGGCUUACCAGAGGUUCUCACAACUUCCUUCACCCGCCAUACCGACUAUACUGCCUACAAUCGCAUCACCCAAGCAAUACAAUUACAGAACAAAGAUUACUCCACAUUUUCAAGCUGCCCCGAAAAGCGCUGGUAAUGAUUUUAAUCCAGAUAUUGGUUUCGAUAUGAAAGGUCGUCGUGUAACACUGGAUAUCGAGGAGUGCCCUAUCGCUACUGAAACUCUCAAUGUAGGUAUGCAACCUGCGAGAGCUAAAGUGAAGGAAACGAUAAAGUCUUACAAAAGAGGAGCUACGUUGUUGUUGCGUGAUUCUAUGACACGUCCUGAAAAUGCUGCGGAUGCUACAAAAACUGAUAUCCCACCCGCUGAUAUGAGCACAAUCAACCCCGACGAUAGAGAGUGUAUUACGGAUCACAAGCGCAUCACGAGGGAGAUUGUCGGCGACAAGUUGUUUGAAUUCACUGCUGGCUCUUUCUUCCAGAACAACUCUAGCAUACUCGUGCCCCUCACGCAGUACGUGUUGGAUGCACUCCCGGAGAAAGGAGAGGAACCGAUGUACCUAGUCGAUACGUACUGUGGAGCCGGUCUGUUUUCUAUAUGUCUACAUGAACGGUUUGAUAAGGUUGCCGGUAUUGAGAUUUCGCAGCAAUCAAUACAAUACGCCAAGCAUAACGUCAAGUUGAAUGGACUAGAUGAAAACAAGAUUUCAUUCAGGGUUGGAAAAUCGGAAGCUAUUUUUGACGUCGUGGGUGAUUUACCACCUGCUAACACAUCAGUCAUUAUCGAUCCACCUCGUAAAGGAUGUGACGAUGCUUUCAUAACUCAGCUGAAAGACUUCAAACCUCAUCGCGUCGUUUAUGUGUCGUGUAACGUUCACACACAGGCUAGGGAUGUGGGUAAAUUGUGCGGUGAUGAUGGCCCAUAUUCCAUUGAGAGUUUGAGAGGAUUUGAUCUUUUCCCUCAAACAAGUCAUGUCGAGGGUGUUGCCGUUCUUAAGCUCAAGUAG